AUGGGUCUCACAUUUUCGAAGCUGUUCGAUAAGCUAUGGGGAAAGAAGGAGAUGCGCAUUCUCAUGGUCGGUCUUGACGCUGCCGGAAAGACCACCAUUCUCUACAAGCUCAAGCUCGGUGAAAUCGUCACCACUAUCCCCACCAUCGGUUUCAACGUCGAGACCGUCGAGUACAAGAACAUUCAGUUCACCGUGUGGGAUGUCGGCGGUCAGGACAAGAUCCGUCCUCUGUGGAGGCAUUACUUCCAGAACACCCAGGGUAUCAUCUUCGUCGUUGACAGCAACGAUCGCGACCGUGUUGUUGAGGCGCGUGAGGAGCUCCAGCGCAUGUUGAACGAGGACGAGCUGCGGGACGCUCUCCUCCUUGUCUUUGCCAACAAGCAGGAUUUGCCUAACGCCAUGAACGCCGCUGAGAUCACCGACAAGCUUGGUCUUCACAGCCUCCGACAACGUGCCUGGUACAUCCAGUCGACUUGCGCUACCUCCGGCGACGGUCUCUACGAGGGUCUCGAGUGGUUGAGCAACUCUCUCCGCAAGGCCGGUCACAACUAG